CACACACACACACGCUGCGGGAGGGUUUUCUCACAAGAAAGAACUCGAAAUGUCCCACUGAAAAGCAGUGAGUGGAGGCUCAGCAAAGCAAGGAGGAGAGGGAGAGAGAGAUAGAGAGAGAAAAGAAAGGGAGAGAGAGAGAGAGAGAGAAAGAAAGGAGAGAGAGAGGGAGAGGGGGAAAGGAGGGCUGUGUGAAAGGAGUGGGACAGCGGGCAAGAAGACAAAAGAGGCUGCGGCUGCGUUGAGUGUCGUGUCCGUCUCGGGAGCUCGAUAACUAGCCUAGCUAGCCUCGCCUCUCCUCUCUGUGUGUCUGUCUUUCCCCCUUUCUUCUUCGCUUUUCUGACUGCUAAACAUAUCAGGGCGGUGGGGGGAAGCCAUUGAGAGCCGAGCGCCUGUUUUUCCCCCUCUUCUUCGAAGUUACGACGUGAAGGACGGAGUCGAAACCGAGCCUGGGAGCAUCCCCUCUCCCUCUUUCCUGUGGGGUUGGCGAUAAACCAGAACAAAGGGAGUCUUGAGGUGGGAAUGAGGCGAGCCGAGACUAGCUAGCUUUAGCCUGCCACUGAAACGAGGCCAAAUGCACUUCUUCUGAGACCCACAAUAGGCUCAAACUCUCUCCUUACUGCAGCAGAAGAGCAGCAGCCUUGAGAAACCACCACCACCAAUAACAACAACACUGGAAGAACGCUGAAACCCGACCAACCAACCGUCUCCCACUAUAACCAUGUUUCCUCAGAACCGACCUCCGGCACCGCUCCAACCACCCCCUGGGUCUUCAGCCUCGGCUGCAGCAGCGGCGGCGGCUGCAGCAGCUGCAGCUUCUGGGAGCGCCCAGGCUCUGAAGCUCACCUACCCCGAGACUCUAGACCGCAUCAAAGAGGAGUUCCAGUUCCUGCAGACGCAGUACCACAGCUUAAAACUGGAGUGUGAGAAACUCGCUACAGAGAAGACAGAAAUCCAGAGGCACUAUGUGAUGUAUUACGAAAUGUCCUAUGGCCUCAACAUAGAGAUGCACAAACAGACGGAGAUUGCUAAGCGGUUGAACGUGAUCUGUGCCCAGCUCAUCCCAUUCCUCUCACAGGAGCACCAGCAGCAGGUGGUCCAGGCCAUGGAGCGCGCCAAACAGGUGACUAUGGGGGAGUUGAAUGCAUCGAUAGGGGUACGUGGACUCCCCCCUCUGCCUCCCACACAACAGCUGCAGGCUCAGCACCUCUCCCAGCACGCUGCUCAGGGUCUGCCCAUGGCUCCUCACCCGUCGGGACUACCUCACCCCGGGCUAGCUCUUGGGGGCAGCUCGGGCCUGCUGGCCCUGUCCGGGGCACUAGGAGCCCAGUUGGCCGGCAAGGAGGAGAGAGCCCAUCUGGAGGCCGUGGCAGCGGCGGCCGCAGCCGCAGAACACCACCGAGAUGGACUACGGGGACAUGUUCCUGCUCUGCUCCACGCAGACCGUGAGGCUGGACCAAGCUCCUUAUCAAAUGGAGACAAAGGCAGGCAGUCAGACUACCUCAGCAAUGGCAAGAAAAGGAAAGCAGAAGAGAAGGAGUUCACGGACUAUGGCAGUGAUGCAGACAAGAGUGACGAUAACUUGGUUGUGGAUGAGGACCCCUCGUCUCCGCGGAGUGUUCACUCAUACUCCUCCAGAGAAAACGGCUUAGAUAAACUUCCCCCAUCCCGAAAGGAGUCCCUGCCCCAGGCCAGCCCCACCUCCCUGGCCUCCUCCAGCAGCGCUGCCUCCCCAUCCCGCGGCAAAGAGCCACCUCCGAGGGAAAAAUCCAGUACUCCAGUGCUGAAGCCAGGCACACCCAUGUCACAAGACUCGUCCACACCAGGCCCCAGCGGCCCACCCCAGUUCCGCCCUGUCCCAGGAAAACCAGGUGUAGACCCCCUCGCUCUGGGUUUGAGGAAUCCUUUGGCAGUACAGGGCGCGUAUCCACCCGGGGCGUUCGGCCUGCCUCCUCCGGGGGUUAAUGGGGAGCUGGCGGGGGCUGCUGGAUAUGGAGCCGGUUUGCACCUCGUCUCCCCGCAGAUGAAUGGAUCUGCUGCCGCCGCCGCUGCUGCAGCUGCAGCCGCCGCUGCUGGAUACGGACGCUCACCUGUGGUGGGCUACGAGUCCCCCCAUCCCCACAUGAGGGUUCCAGGCCUACCUGGUAGCCUUCAACCUGCAGCCUCAGGAAAGCCUGCCUACUCGUUCCACGUGAGUGCGGAUGGACAGAUGCAGCCGGUGCCCUUCCCUCCUGAUGCCCUCCUGGGCCCUGGCAUUCCACGCCACGCCCGCCAGAUCCACACCCUCAGCCACGGAGAGGUGGUGUGUGCCGUCACCAUCAGCACCUCCACGCGGCACGUCUACACCGGCGGCAAAGGCUGCGUCAAAGUGUGGGACAUCAGCCAGCCGGGCAGCAAAAGCCCAAUGGCCCAGCUGGACUGCCUGAACAGGGACAACUACAUCCGCUCCUGCAAGCUCCUCCCAGAUGGGCGAACCUUGAUAGUGGGAGGUGAAGCCAGCACUCUGUCCAUUUGGGACUUGGCCACACCCACUCCACGCAUUAAAGCAGAGUUAACGUCCUCUGCUCCAGCUUGCUACGCUCUGGCCAUCAGUCCAGACAACAAGGUCUGCUUCUCCUGCUGCAGCGACGGAAACAUCGUAGUGUGGGACCUCCACAACCAGACGCUCGUCAGGCAGUUCCAGGGCCACACAGACGGAGCCAGCUGUAUCGACAUCUCCAACGACGGGACCAAACUGUGGACGGGGGGUCUGGACAACACAGUGCGCUGCUGGGACCUGAGAGAGGGCCGGCAACUCCAGCAGCAUGACUUCACCUCACAGAUCUUCUCUCUGGGCUACUGUCCUACAGGGGAGUGGCUUGCAGUGGGCAUGGAGAGCAGUAAUGUAGAAGUGCUGCACGUCUCCAAACCAGACAAAUACCAGCUGCACCUGCACGAGAGCUGUGUGCUCUCACUGAAGUUUGCCUACUGCGGUAAAUGGUUUGUAAGCACAGGUAAAGAUAAUCUACUGAACGCGUGGCGAACUCCAUACGGCUCCAGCAUAUUCCAGUCGAAAGAGUCGUCGUCGGUCCUCAGCUGUGACAUCUCCCCUGAUGAUCAGUUCAUCGUGACUGGCUCAGGAGACAAGAAGGCCACUGUGUAUGAAGUCAUUUACUGAAACAAGUGCAGACUGGAUCGUCCCCCUCAUCAGGAGAAGUGCUAUAUGGAAGCCGGAGCAGAAAGCAGGAUGGAUUCGCUCGUCUCCGGUUCGGCCAGUGACUCUUGUGAGCGCUUGUGAGUGAUGGGAUUUGCAUGGACGGAGGACGACGGAGCUCCGGAACACGACUGACCUUGUUGUUUUUUUAAUGCUGUGAGAAAGCUGGUAGUCUAGCUUCAGAGACGUGGGAUAUCUCCAAAGACUUCUCCUUUCCUUUUUUGUUUUUCUUUCUGUUCUUUUUUUUUUUUUUUU